AUGGUGGUUCUAGGUCUGAAAAUCCUUCCCGUCACAGGGUCAUGGUUUUCUCCUCUCUUCUUUGUUGCAAUCAUCUUGGGGCUGCAGUGGCCUAAACAGGCAGCAACCUUCCCUGCCAUGCCCCUCUCCAAUCUGUUUGCAAAUGCUGUCCUGAGAGCCCAGCACCUUCACCUCCUGGCUGCAGAAACCUACAAAGAGUUUGAACGUUCCUAUAUUCCGGAGGAGCAGAGGCAUUCCAACAAAAAUUCCCAGUCAGCAUUUUGUUAUUCAGAAACCAUCCCUGCUCCCACAGGAAAAGACGAUGCCCAGCAGAAAUCAGACAUGGAGCUUCUUCGAUUUUCUCUGGUUCUUAUCCAGUCCUGGUUAAACCCGGUACAAUUCCUUAGCAGGGUGUUCACCAACAGCCUUGUUUUUGGCACCUCAGACAGAGUCUACGAGAAACUGAGGGAUUUAGAAGAAGGUAUUCAGGCUUUGAUGAGGGAGUUGGAAGAUGGAAGCCAUCGGGGUCCUCAAAUCCUCAAACCCACGUAUGAGAAAUUUGACAUAAAUCUCCGAAAUGAAGAUGCCUUGUUAAAAAACUAUGGUCUCUUGUCCUGCUUCAAGAAAGACCUUCACAAGGUGGAGACCUACCUGAAGGUGAUAAAGUGUCGACGCUUUGGUGAGAGCAACUGCAGUAUUUGA